UUUUGUGUGGUACGUGUUCGAUCUUGACUUAUAGAAAUGUCCAAUUCAUUUAGACCAAGCAAAUGCACACACACAUACCAAAAUUAUGGCUCAGUCAGUGUCCCCUACAGCAGCAGCUACACUAACCUCACUAUCAACCAAGAAGAAUGCCCGUUUGAGUUCUUUUAAAGUUUUGGCUUGUCAAUUGGACGCAAAGAUUAAUGUCUCUCGCAGGAGUUUGGCAUUGAGCUUGGCUGGAGUAGCGGCGGCGCUGAAUGGAGGUAACAACAAUGCAAAUGCCGCUUCAAGAAGGCCUCCACCACCCCCGCCAAUGGAGAAAAAGGAUCCAAAUGUGAGUGGUGUGUUGGCUAAAGUAUUAGCUAGCAAGAGGAGAAAGGAGGCUAUGAAAGAGUCCAUCGCCAAGCUAAGAGAGAAAGGGAAGCCUGUCAAAGAAGUACCAUCUGAAUAGUUUGUUCGAUCACUAUGUAUAUUAAGAGAGAAAUUAUUGCUCUUGCUCCUCUUUAAUUUACAUAGUUGAGUUAAAAGGUUUGCAAAAUUACAAGUCAAUUCUAUCAAUAAUAAUGAGAUCAAUGGUUAAAAACCAAUCAUAAAAGCUAUUC